GCCGACUCGGGUCCCGCCGUCGCCGGAGCGGGCGCGCGCGCCGGGGGUCGCGCGGCUGCUGAGAAGGGCGAGCGCGCGCGAAUAGGGAGUGGAGGCGUAGCGGGGCGGGGGUACGGUUCGCUUGCUCGCAAGAUGGCGGACGAGGACGGGGAAGGGAUUCACCCCUCAGCCCCUCACAGGAACGGAGGUGGCGGCGGCGGUGGGGGGUCUGGGCUCCACUGCGCCGGGAACGGCGGCGGGGGAGGCGGCGGCCCGCGGGUCGUGCGCAUCGUCAAGUCUGAGUCUGGCUACGGCUUCAACGUGCGGGGCCAAGUGAGCGAGGGCGGGCAACUGCGGAGCAUCAACGGGGAGCUGUACGCGCCGCUGCAGCAUGUGAGCGCCGUGCUGCCCGGGGGGGCGGCCGAUCGGGCCGGGGUGCGCAAGGGGGACCGCAUCCUGGAGGUGAACGGCGUGAAUGUUGAGGGGGCGACACACAAGCAGGUGGUGGACCUGAUCCGAGCAGGCGAGAAGGAAUUGAUCUUGACAGUGUUAUCUGUACCUCCUCAUGAGGCAGAUAACCUAGAUCCCAGUGACGACUCGUUGGGACAAUCAUUUUAUGAUUACACAGAAAAGCAAGCAGUGCCCAUAUCGGUCCCCACAUACAAACAUGUGGAGCAGAAUGGUGAGAAGUUUGUGGUAUACAAUGUUUACAUGGCAGGGAGGCAGCUGUGUUCCAAGCGGUACCGGGAGUUUGCCAUCCUACACCAGAACCUGAAGAGAGAGUUUGCCAACUUUACAUUUCCCCGACUUCCAGGGAAGUGGCCAUUCUCUUUAUCAGAACAGCAAUUAGAUGCCCGACGUCGGGGGUUGGAAGAAUAUCUAGAAAAAGUGUGCUCGAUACGAGUCAUUGGUGAGAGUGACAUCAUGCAGGAGUUCCUAUCGGAAUCAGAUGAGAACUACAAUGGUGUAUCCGACGUAGAGCUGAGAGUAGCAUUACCAGAUGGAACAACAGUUACAGUCAGGGUUAAAAAGAACAGUACUACAGACCAAGUAUAUCAGGCUAUUGCAGCGAAGGUUGGCAUGGACAGUACGACGGUGAAUUAUUUUGCCUUAUUUGAAGUGAUCAAUCAUUCCUUUGUACGUAAGCUGGCACCUAAUGAAUUUCCUCAUAAACUCUACGUCCAGAAUUACACAUCGGCUGUACCAGGCACCUGCCUGACCAUUCGAAAAUGGCUUUUUACUACGGAAGAAGAAAUCCUCUUAAAUGACAAUGACCUUGCUGUUACUUACUUCUUUCAUCAGGCUGUUGAUGAUGUGAAAAAAGGUUACAUCAAAGCAGAGGAAAAGUCCUACCAAUUACAGAAGCUGUAUGAACAGAGGAAAAUGGUCAUGUACCUCAACAUGCUAAGGACUUGUGAGGGCUACAAUGAAAUCAUCUUCCCCCACUGUGCCUGCGACUCCAGGAGGAAGGGGCACGUUAUCACAGCCAUCAGCAUCACGCACUUUAAACUGCAUGCCUGCACUGAAGAAGGACAGCUGGAGAACCAGGUAAUAGCAUUUGAAUGGGAUGAGAUGCAGCGAUGGGAUACAGAUGAAGAAGGAAUGGCCUUCUGUUUUGAAUAUGCACGAGGAGAGAAGAAGCCUCGAUGGGUUAAAAUCUUCACACCAUAUUUCAAUUACAUGCAUGAAUGCUUCGAGAGGGUGUUCUGCGAGCUCAAGUGGAGAAAAGAGAACAUUUUCCAGGUGGCAAGGUCACAGCAGAGGGAUGUGGCCACCUAGCCUUUCCUUAUCCCCUUCCCUUCUCUUCACCCUCAUCCUCUUAUCCCUUUUGUCUCCCGUGUCAGACAGAGUAACCAUUAACGCAAAAGAAGAGAAAAAGGAAAAAAGUCAUUAUAUUCAAAAGCUCUAAACUAAAUAUUAUUAAUAAUUCUUCUGAAUUUCAUGUCUCUGGAAUUGAGCUGGUAGAGAACAACACAUUGGUCAGCACCAGGAGUCAACUGAGUUAAGACAGGAAAAGAAAUAAGCCCAACCAACUCACCAAAGGUAUCUUUGUCCUUUCACCUGGGCCUCAUACCAACAGACUCUCCUUGUACUAUAUUUUUAAAACUGGAACUAUGAACUCCAUCCAUUUGCACUGUUCAGACAUAUAUAUGUAUGUAUGUAAAAAUUAUAUAUACACAAAUUAGCUGCACGUAUAUACAUAUAUAUAUUUCUUUUUAAAUUUCAUAUUGAUGGCAGUACCUUUUUUAGCUUGUGUUUUUACACACCUUUCACUAGAAUUCAUGACUUCUCUCUUGCUGUCUUUAUUUUGAAACAAACUUUAAAAAGGAAAAAAAAAUUUUACAGGGAAAAUACCUCUCCUCAUGAAGGACUUGAAAAGUUUACAACCUGCUUGGGUUUUUUCCCCCCUUUUUUGUAUUGAGUGAAGAUUCUGACUCAUGGGUUGCCAUAGAGUUUGAGGAGCAGGGAGCAUAGUUUCUUUAUUUUCCAAGAGGCUGCUGGGGAGGAGAAAGAGGUGUGUUUCUCAAGGGCAGCCAGGCUGCAGAUCUGCAGGGAGAGUUUAAAGACUUGGUGUGGUCUUUUGAUUCCAAGACAAUUUCCCUGGUCCAUCUCUCUUUCUUCCACUCAUGGCUUUCUAGCCACAUUCCACAUUUCCUGCCUGCUUCCUCAGGGCCACUUGUGUGCUUUCCUUCAACUGGCCUAGAAUGGAGGAGAGGGUGGGCUCAGGAGGUUGAUGCCACAGGAACCUGAAACACUUCAUGGUCGCAAUUUCCUAUUUCCCUCCCAUUUCUGAAGCAGGGAUAGUACUAGGGACCAGAGUUAAAGCUGAUACCUUUAGGCACAAAGGUUGGACUUAGGGGAAAGGAAGGAAGAAAUGUCCUAUGUAUGUGAGCUUUUCCCUACUCCAUUCCUGACCAGUAACCACCCAUAACUAGUAGAUUCUCUGUGACUUCCUUAAACAGCUGUGUUGGGGAGGAGUCUGACAAUACCUCCAAGGCCUUGGGGAAACUUGGAAUGUGUCAGGGGUCUGUGCCAACCAAACUGUACCUAUCCAAGACAGCUGAGGACCCAGGAAGAAGCAGUAGGAAUAUGGUUGAUUUGGGUUGGAUCUCAACUUUUAAUUAAAAGGGAAGGAAAACCUUUUUCCCUCAAAGAGCUCCUCAUGUGACCUUGCAGUUAGACCUUUUGAGAUCUAAGAGCUCCAUCCCAGGAUAUAGGGCCAGGGCUGACUAGGGUAGGGCAACAUUCUCAGCCCCCGGGCUCUGUAGAUAUUGCAUUGGGAGCUCUGAGUCAGGCUCUGAUGUAACUGAAACACAUCUUUGAGCCUUCUUUUCUUUUUCUCUUCUUCACCUUCUAAACAAAAACCUCCAUAGGGUGAUAUCUUUUGCUUUGUCUAACUGGGAGGCACCAUAGUUGGUUGUAGUCAACUCCACUGAGCAGUGUUGGGGUGGUUUGAAGUUUCUUUUUUCGUAACUUGUUUUUGCAUCGUGAAGCCACUUUUCUGUCUCUCUCACUCUGUUAUCCUGGCAGCCACUUUCCCCAAGGGAGUGUGGUGUCUUGUAGGACAUCCCAUCUUCCCUCCCCUUUUCCAAACCCAGGUGGAUCAGAGAGUGCAAAAUGUAAGAAUGCUGAAUGUUUAAAGUUGCAGAGAAUGAUCCCUGAUUUGAAAGCUUUGACAUAGGAUUAACUUCUUUUGGCUUAGAUGAAUGUAAUAAUGAGCCAGAGGUCCCUCAAAAGAAGAUAUGUUGAUUUCCCACUCAAGAUGCUAAAGAGGCUUUUGGCACCAGCUGUGUUCAGACUGACAAUAGCAGCAAUUUGCCCUGUUCCCUCGGAGUGGGAGAGGAAUGAACAAAUCCGGGAGUCCAUGCGACAGCCCAAGUGCUGACCUCCGGAUACAAGACGUAGUGGGGAUGCCCUUAGGAUGGAGGCCCCUUCGAGUGGGUAGAUGCUGCUCUGUUCCUUUUCUGGCAUAGCAUUCACUUGGUGCUUUGGAUUUUGGAUGAGGGCCGCAUAGGGUGUUGGCCUGUUGGCAGAAUCUGUUUAGGAACAGCCCUUACCUGAGGCUGUACCACUAACCAAGCACCCAGUCGCAGCAAGGAGGGGGAAGCAGGGAGACCCUGGAGGACUGCGCCUUCUCCUCUUCCACCCGCAGCAGGCCUCCUGUGAUGGGGCAGAGGUCACUAUGGCUGUGGGGCUCCGCAGGAUCAAGCUCUUCUUUGCAUGAAGCAUUGUUGGUGUGACACUCCUUUCCCCCCUUGCUCUGCACUUCCUUUCUCGAAUCCCUAUUACCCUCCUUAGUCCUGGGUUCUGCCCAGGGAGGCUUCUACCCAGUCUUCUUUUGCAGUUUGUCUCUGGGAAAUGGAGGGAAUCACUCUUUCCCUUGCUUUGCCCCAGCAGAGCCAGCAGGAUCUUCCUGGUCUCCUGUUGUCCUCUCCUCCAAAAUCAAUUUCUAUCCUCUUUGGUAAAAUCUUAGAGUUUUUUAUGGAUCAGGAGAAAAUGCAGGCCCUGAGAAACCUGUCCCUGCAGAAAGGUUCCCUUGGGCCAUGCUUCAGGCUCUCUGCUCUUUAUAUUUUUAUUCUGCUCUCCAUUUUUCUGCCCUCCCCUUGACCUAGGCCUAAGCUCAGCACAGGUGAGUGCUCAGGGCAGUUUCUAGGCCUGGACAGAGCUCUCAGGAAGGAAUUAGUUCAACAUCACCAUGCCUGGCCCAUCUAGUUUCAUCCUUUAGUUACCCAGGCCAGUAGCUUUGGGUUAUCCCCUCUUGUAGCUCCAAACCCAGUGCUUGGAGCAGCGAUAUAGGGCACUGACCGGAGGUGACACCUCUCUCUCUCUCUCUCAUCUCAGAAUUCACCACCUAUGGGCCUGGCUCCUAGGAGGCAGUUUUCUUAAAGGGGACUGCAUCCUGGUUGAUUGAAGUCUCCAGACCUGGAGGGACCACUAUGCCCUCCUUUCUCUCCAUCGUGCUCUCUGGCUGGAUUGAUUCAGCAGGAGAAACCAUUUGGUCUGUGGGACCCCAACAUACUGCUAGGUUCCUUCGCGAGAUUCAUUGUGUCACAUAAGCUUUCUUUUGGAGGGAGGAUGAUGUGGUUGAAUACUCAGAGAGAGAGAGAGAGAGAGAGAGAGAGAGAGAGAGAGAGAGAGAGAGAAUGGAGGCAGUGGGUGUGCUUCUUCAGCUCCCCAUCUUCCAGUUCCACCUUCUACCUUCCUCUUCUCCUAAACCUGAGCAUAUCAUGCCAGGUGUCACUCAUAGCAGGACAGCAUCAGCUCACUCCUCAGCAAUAAUCUAGGCUGUGUGGGAAGCUUAGGGCUCUGGGGAAGAACAGAACUGAAGAGGGGAGUGAUAUGGGGUGGAGGCACUUGGGCGACUGCUAACCUUGAACACCAGUUUUAUAUCAUGCCCCCUUUUUAAGCCAGUGAGCUGGGCUUCAGUUUUCCCCAGGCCAUGACACUUUUAAUUUAUUUGAGAGAAACUCUAAUUGUAUUUUCACUGCAGUAUCUUGUAUUUUUUAUUUGUGAUUUAAGAAAUGUGAAGAGAAAAUACGCAGACACGUAAUGGCUAACAGUGUUUCUUUCAUUCCUUGUUCUAGAGCUAACCACUCUAAAAUUGUUUGGUAAUGUCACUUAGUGUAAUUAAUUGUAACAUAUUCUUUUAAAUAAAUUGAUUUAUUGAUGAAACUA